CCUCUAAAAGAAAAAUCAAAAUAAACAGGACGGACCUGGGGGAGUAUGUGUGAGUGUGAGACGCAGGAGUGUGUGUAUGAGUGUGCGCGCAUUUCUCUCCCUUAUUUGUCUCGCUGUGCGUCUCUCCCAGUACCCUCCCCCUGCCUCAAUUAUAUUAUUCCCCCAGCCUUGGAAGCCGCUCCCCGAGCUGACGCUUUGAUGGCAUCUGCAAGCGUUUGUGCUGAUCUUAUUUCUGCCCCCUGAAUAUUAAUUCUCAAAGCUGGUAGCAAUACAGCUCCCCAGUGACGGUACCUACUAGAGGCAGGCGGGGGGAGCCACCACCAGAUCAUAAGCAUAAUAAUAAUACAAAGGGGAGGGAUUCUUCUUUAACCGAGAGGCAAGAGGCAGGAGGCAGAGGAGGGAGGGGGGGCAGCGAUGAGUUCGACAAAUACAUGGAGCCCAAGAAGCCCUGUCUACGCCACUCCUGUAUUUUCGCAGAAAAUGACGGUGUGGAUUCUGCUCCUGCUCUCACUCUACCCGGGCCUCACUAGCCAAAAGUCUGAUGAUGAUUAUGAAGAUUAUGCUUCUAACAAAACAUGGGUUUUGACUCCAAAAGUUCCUGAAGGUGAUGUUACUGUCAUCUUAAACAACCUCCUGGAAGGAUAUGAUAAUAAACUUCGGCCUGAUAUAGGAGUGAAACCAACAUUAAUUCACACAGACAUGUAUGUGAAUAGCAUUGGUCCAGUGAACGCUAUCAAUAUGGAAUAUACGAUUGAUAUAUUUUUUGCCCAAACAUGGUAUGACAGACGUCUGAAGUUCAACAGCACCAUUAAAGUCCUCCGAUUGAAUAGCAACAUGGUGGGGAAAAUCUGGAUUCCAGACACUUUCUUCAGAAACUCCAAAAAGGCUGAUGCACACUGGAUAACCACCCCCAACAGAAUGCUGAGAAUUUGGAAUGACGGUCGAGUUCUCUACACCUUAAGGUUGACAAUAGAUGCUGAGUGCCAAUUACAACUGCACAAUUUUCCAAUGGAUGAACACUCCUGCCCUUUGGAGUUCUCUAGUUAUGGCUAUCCACGUGAAGAAAUUAUUUAUCAAUGGAAGCGUAGUUCUGUUGAAGUGGGUGACACAAGAUCUUGGAGGCUUUAUCAGUUUUCAUUUGUUGGACUGAGAAAUACCACUGAAGUAGUGAAGACAACUUCUGGAGAUUAUGUGGUCAUGUCUGUCUACUUUGACCUGAGCAGGAGAAUGGGAUACUUCACCAUCCAGACCUAUAUCCCCUGCACUCUCAUUGUCGUCCUGUCUUGGGUCUCCUUCUGGAUCAAUAAGGAUGCUGUUCCAGCCAGAACUUCUUUAGGGAUCACCACGGUCCUGACAAUGACCACCCUCAGCACCAUUGCCCGGAAGUCACUCCCCAAGGUCUCCUAUGUCACAGCGAUGGAUCUCUUUGUGUCUGUUUGCUUCAUCUUUGUCUUCUCUGCUUUGGUGGAGUACGGCACCCUGCAUUAUUUUGUCAGCAACCGGAAACCAAGCAAGGACAAAGACAAAAAGAAGAAAAACCCUCUUCUUCGGAUGUUUUCCUUCAAGGCCCCUACCAUUGAUAUCCGCCCAAGAUCAGCAACCAUUCAAAUGAACAAUGCCACCCACCUUCAAGAGAGAGAUGAAGAAUAUGGGUAUGAGUGUCUGGAUGGCAAGGACUGUGCCAGUUUUUUCUGCUGUUUUGAAGACUGCCGGACAGGAGCUUGGAGACAUGGGAGGAUACACAUUCGUAUUGCCAAAAUGGACUCAUAUGCACGGAUCUUCUUCCCCACUGCCUUCUGCUUGUUCAAUCUGGUUUACUGGGUCUCCUACCUUUACCUGUAAGAGAAAUAUGAGUAUAAUUGGGUCUUAUUCACUAAAUUCCAUGAGAGAAGAUGUCCUUUGUAAGUCCACUUCAAUAAUCCCCUGUGUACCUUAUAAUGAUCUGAAUUUGUUUCUGUGUUCUAACCUGGUAAAUUGUAUUAAUGGCAUAUUGUUUGCGCCCAACUCUCCUGUGGUAAGGGUGAUUUGAACUAUAAUGUUUACUGUGUUUCAAACGUGCAAGGCAAAGUGAAAUUAGAGCAAGAAUAUUGAAACCACAAGAUAGUUUAUAACAGUUGAUAUAGUGAAAGCCAUGACUACUUACAAUGGUGGUAUCCUUACUCAAUGCAAAAUAUAAUUAGAUGCAAAAGGUUCAGAACAGUACCUUAUGUUCAUUUGAGGUUGAAUUGUGGUACAAUUGAUCCAAGUAGGAUACUUCCCUCAUUUGAGAAAGAUCACAACUCACUUUAAGUAUUAUAAGAGACUAGAAAUCUACUACACUGUUCCAAGACAGAAAGACAAUCUCCACAUUACAUGUACAAUGAUGUAAAUAUUUCAAUGAGGUAGAAUACUUCAAGUUUAAUGCAUGCAUCUCUUUAGAGCCAAAAUAAAUUGACUGAAGUUAACAUCAUAAAGCAUUGUCUUAUAAUCUGUGUCUUUGGGCUAUAAAAGUACCACGAAUGUAAUUAAAAGGGUUUGGUUUGGAAUUGGAGGGAGGAAUUUUCUAUACAUUCUCCCUCAUGUAUGAAGAUUCAAACAGCUUGUUUUUUGCCUUGUAUGACAUAUUAAGACACUAAGUAAAAUAUAGACUGAAUAAUUUACACUUGCCAUUUUUAAAUAUGCCCAAUUUCAUAGAGUAUAAGGUAACUGUAUAUGCUUGCCGCUAUAUUUUCCUCCUUUUAGGAUGGUAGAUCAUAACAGAACUCAUUCUCCAUCUCAAGAUCUGCUUCUAGUGACUAUGAGUGCCUUGUGGCCAGAAUCCUUGUCAUACCCUCUUUGGGGCCUCGGCACCGUGUGUAGUGCCUGGCACGUAGUUGGUGCUCACUGAGUAUGGUUUGAAGUGAAGUGGCUUCACCUGCUUCUGGUGACUCUCUCUGAGCCAGUCUGGAACCAAUGAUUCAUUUUUUCACAUAGGCCUUGUCAAGUACUAUUUGGUCUUGUGAAAAUAAGCAGAAGAAAUCAUAGAACUUUGCCUAAAAUAACUUUUGGUAAUGAACAAAAGUAGCCAAAGCCAAUAUUCCUUUUAAAGUCCUACAUUUAUGUACAGAACUGAUCCUCCUAAGGCAUAAUAAGAGUUUGUGUAUUAUUUUUCCAGGCUUGGGGAUGAGUCAGCUUUGACCCAUUCACAAUUCCACUUGAGCUCCUAUGACAGACAGAAGGAGGAUUCAUACCUGACUCAUGUUCACAAGGUAGUAUUCUAUGCUUUGUGAAAAAGAAAUGCACUGAAGAUUAAAUUUGAGAAAUGAAAGAACAAAUGAAUGACUUACAUGGAGGUUGAGCCUAUGAUGGUGGUCUCAUUCCAUGUACACAUACACACAUGAAGUGGUGUCCCAGACUUCAACCAUGAUGUGUUGAGCUCCACCUUCAUGUGCUCAUCCUGAGUCCAUAUUUUUCUAAAACAGCACCCUUUGUCAGUUAUUCUUUAUGGCAAUCAUUGCUCUAAGCCAGAAUUCAAUCAUAGCCAGUAUAAUUUUAUAGAUAAUCUAAAAAGAGGAGAAAAGAAGAGAGAGUGGCUUUGUUAAUAUAAACCCAUGUAAAGUCAUCAUUAAGUCAUCUGGAUGAAUCUUGAAACACAUAUAGCUGCCAAUUUUAUGAACCUUUAAUAUAUCAGUGUUCUAGUAUAUAACCUCAAACACAUGUAAAUAGAAUUAGUUAUUUUCUUGUUUUGAAUUGUUAACAAAUGUCAACUCUUUGGGAGAGUUGUUGGCAAAUUUUCAAUGGUGAGAAACGUUGUUAUUGUCAACUUGAAAUGUAUUCUGUAAUGGGGACACUCAAAAAAGCUAGCUUUCCAAUGUGUGCAUAGUACUGGCAAUAUGAAUAUAUAUUAUAUAUAAUCAAAUUCUUAACUAUCAGUUGCUCCCUGUUGAUGUAUUUGAAAACCUUUUCACAAAGGGAAUUGCCUAUUAUGUGGACUUUUACAAUAAAAAUGCUGCAUUUUAACCUA